AUGGACAUCGACGCCAGCGACACCUCGCAACGUCCACACCCCGAAGUCGAGCCGGAAGGCACGAUGCGAAUAGCAGAAACAGAGUUCUCAGGGGCCUCCGAGAGUCAAAUGGACAGGGAGAGAGACCAGCGACAGACAGAACUGACGUCGCGGCUCUACGUGGGCGCGCGAGCGCCUCCAGAUGCGCCGGCCUCCGCGAGCUCGUCGCCCGCGCGCGUCUCGGCGCUCCCGCCCGGACGCCUCACGCAGCUCGGCGGCCCAGCAGUUUUUUCGGCGCGGGGCUGCCUCGUCGAUUCAUCAAGUUUGCUUCUGCGGGAGAGACAGCGCGCGCGCGAGCUUGAGAGAGCUGAGGCGCGGUUUCUCGCAGCUACGCCGAAUGCCGAGCGGCGCCGCGUCGCCGCGCCGGGACCUGGGGGCGCGCCCUCCUGUCUCUUCGCCACCGCCUCGCCCUGGCCGUCUCCGGCGGGGCCCGCGCACGAGGCGCAGACAGAGCCCUGCGGGCCCGUGUCCCUCGUCGUUCCGCACACAAACGUCUUACCGCUGAACGUGAUCGCCCAGGAGACUGAACGCACUGGCUCAGGAAGCGAACGAGCGCGGCUCCGGCGAGUCGAGAACCGUGAGGGCGCCUCCACGGCAGCGAAGGACGAGCGAGAAGAGAGACGCAACGGCGCUACGGUGGGACGCGGCGCAGACGAGGAAGCGCUCUUGACAUGCACAACAGACGAAGGCAGGCGCAUCCAGCCGAAGGAGUUCGUCCAGUUCAUCCUCCGCCACAAAUCGCUGAAAGACGAAUUCUGCUACAUGAAUCGCACGGGGCCGUACAGCUACCAGAUAGUCCCGUUCUCACAGAAAAACCCUAGCGACUUCUUGACGCUCUCCUGUCGAGGCGUCACGCACUACCGCGAGGGAGGCGACACGGAGUUCAUCUCGCUGGAGACCUGGGAGAGCGAUCAAGAGAAAUUCCGCAGAAUCAUCUCGAUCCCCUUCUUCGCCGACUACCAGAAGUGGAAAACUCUCUCCAUCUGGAAAACUGUCAUGCGCGAAGUCCGCUUCAAGACCUGCGCCUCAAUUCUGCAGAAGAACCUGUUCAUUCUCGACGGCGUGCUGCGGAAGGCGCUGUUCAUGAUUCGCAGCUACGGCCUGAAACUUGUCAGCUGGAAUAUCCUUCUCGUGCAUCAGGAGGCCGUCUACACGCUUGAUCACUUUCUCCAGGUCCAAGCCGCGCGCCGCCAGCAGCUCGCGACGGACCUACGCAAAGUCUGGCUAGCAGUCGUCACUGAGCUCUCGCGGGCGUGCUCAGAGUCCCUCCAGGCGUUUCUGGGGGCGAACGGCUUCGUGAGCGGCGUCACGCGCGAAGGCCCCUGCGGCCUCGCUAGCAUGUCCUGCGCCUCGCGGCUCAGCGGCAGCCCACGGACUGCGCGUCUCGACGAUGAGACCGAGAGUGGCGCGCUGCGCACGGACUCGGGGGUGAACUCGCCGAUGUCACGCGAGUCGCGGACUGCAGAGGCUGUCUCCUACACAGAGAGGGCGACGACGAGGCUCCAGUGCCGGAAGCUCGCCAAAUUUGUCAAAGUGACCGAGUACCUUUUUCUCGAGGCGCUGAUGAACUUUGCGCGCGGCUCCACCGCCCGCUUCGUCCAGGGCCUGGAGAACUUCACAAAGCAGCCCGAAGGCCCGGGGGCUUCCAGUGCGGCGCGGGGGCCCGUGUCUACUCCGGAAAGCGCCGCGGCUCCGCUGGUGCCGCUUGCGGCCGGCGUCGACCGGCGGGGCAAGGGGCCGCUGCCCGGAGCUCCGGAGCCCAAGGGCGGCCAAGGCCUCGCCGGCGCAGGCUUGAUGAUUUCUGGCGAAAAACCCAUCUUCCUCGUUCACCUGGAACUUGAUCGCAACGGGAUAGGCAUUGCUCCGACAAAAGCGAUGUUCCGCGCCGCACUCGAGAGCGCGUUGCUUGAGGGCUUCAAGGCGGUCGCGCUGACGCCUGCACUCACUCAGGCCAAGGAGCUCUCAGCAUUCACCUCUUCGGGCCUUCUCUCCGACUCUGCCGAAGAGAGUAGACCUCUUUUCGCGUCGAUUCUACCGUUGGAGGAGACAGGCUUCCUCGAGCUCGUGAAGCGCGUGGGAAGAACGUUUGAUAAACUCUUUGAUCAAGUCGCACACGCCGCAGAGGAGUUGGCGGAUCUGGUCACUCUGUACAACAAAUGCCAAGACGCGGAUUUGGCCUCCUUCAAGGAAAACGACCUGGAGGCUUUCGACGACGCGCUGUCAAACUGCCAAGAUAAAAUUGAAGAGAUUUCCGCGAUGCCUGCUCGGAUGAAGAUUGGAGCCUUCUACCUCGACACGAGCAACGCCCAGAAGCUGUUGCUGCCCUCCCUCAAAAAGGCUUCCUCUCUGAUUCAGGAGCACCUUCCAACGCUUGCAGCGCGAGCGAUGGCGACGCUUCUGCAGCAGAUCAAAGCCGCAAACGCGAGGCUAGCCGAGGUGCCUACCGACAUUGAUACAUACGUGCAGUUCAACGCGUACCUUCAAGAGAUGCGGGCUACCUCUUUUAGCGCCUACGAAGCGCGGUGUGCAUUUGUGAGUGAGGUCUUUGACCUUAUUAAGAAAUACGCGCUCAAGACGGAAGGCUCGCUCAAAUCUCAGUUCGUGGAGCUCUCGCAGGCUCUCAACACGCUUCGGACUCAGAUCCAGUUUGCGGUGUACGCCUCGGAGACCAACACGCAGCGGUUCUUCGAAGAGCUCGAAGGCGCGAUUCCGUUGGUCGAGGCGAAGAUCGCCGACUCGCUGCUGCAGCUGGAGAACGCAAUCUUCUCCACAGACACCUCAGACGUCAGUGCCGUGCUCGCUGUUCUUGACCGCAUGGAGUGCGACAUCCAGGCCAUCACCGAGGAGGUGGAGCGCUGCCGCAGGUGCCAAGACGUGUUGCGGACCGAGGCCUCCCCGUUCGAGAACUUCGACGGCCUCGUCCGGCACUUCGGUGCGCUUAAGUGUCUCUUCACUUCCAAGCAGGCCUGGGCGGAGCUCUGCGACAGCUGGGGCCGACAGGCCUUCGCGACGCUCGACGUCCGCGCCCUUCAGGAAGAAGUGCAGGCCUACGUUAAACUGACGACGCAGCUCCAGCGUCUCCUCUGGGCGAAUGAGGCGUUUUUGAGUCUGAAGUCCGCCGUCAACAACUUCAGGGCCUUCCUGCCCGUCGCCCUCGCGCUCCACAACCCUGCGCUGCAGGCGAGGCACUGGUCGCUCAUCUGCGAGUUCUUCGGCAGCUCCGUAGACCUUCGAAGCCCUUCGCUGCUCCUGAAGGACUUGCUGGCCGUCGACGUCUCGCCCUUCAUAGGGGACAUUCUGCAAAUUGCCGCCGGCGCGACGGCGGAGCGCAACCUGGAGGAGAUGCUCGCGGGCGUCAAGGCCACGUGGUCCAGUCUGCAACUGCCGACGACCGUCUAUAGGGCGACGAGGGACAAAGUCCCCAUUCUUGGGUCCCUCGAUGAAGUCACCACCGCACUCGACGACUCCCUUGUCACACUCUCCUCGAUUUCAGGGUCGCGCGCGGCUGCGCCGAUUCAGGCGGACGUCGACGCGCUGCAUGCCCAGCUGCUGACGCUCCAAGAGACGCUGGAGGAGUGGGAGGCCUUGCAGCGCAGUUGGCUGUACCUGGAGGCGAUUUUCGCCUCGCCCGACAUUCGAAAGCAGCUGCCGUCGGAGGCCACUAAGUUCGCAGCCGUUGACCAGGACUGGCACGCGCUCAUGAAGGAGACGCAGGAGUACGCGAUCGCCUUCUCCGCCGGCACGAAGGAAGGCCGCCUCGGCGCCCUCCGUGGCCUGAACCGGAUACUCGAAGACAUCCGCAAGGGGCUCGAAGACUACCUGCAGCACAAGCGCGAGGCCUUCCCGCGGUUCUUCUUCCUGUCCAACGACGAGCUCGUCGAACUGCUGAGUCAGGCGAGGUCGCUCGCGGCGAUUCAGCCUCUCUUUCGCAAGUGCUUUGCGAACCUCUACGAACUCCUUGCGCAAGAAGACACGAAGCUUGCCGAAAUCAUGGGGAUGCAGAGCGCCGAAGGCGAAGAAGUCUUUUUUCAGAGGCCCCUGAAGGCGCGCGGCCCCGUGGAGAAGUGGCUGCCAGAAGUCGAGGAGGCGAUGACGAAGACGCUCAAGCGGCUCUUGAGUGCGCAGCGAGCCGACGCGACUCCCCUCAGGCGCGAGUGGCUCGCUGCGAAUGCCAGCCAAGUCACUGCCUGCGUGUCGCAGAUCCUCUGGGUCGCCAAGACCGAAGACGCCCUCGCCAGCCAAGAUCCUCGAUCGAGUUUGACAGAACAUUACCAUCGGCAGCUGGACAGGCUCCAGACGCUGACAGGCUUCGUGCGAGAGAACCUGACGCCGCUCACGCGCCGCGCCGUAACUGCGCUCGCCAUCCAAGACCUCCACAACCGCGACGUCGUCGCCGACCUCCUCGAGGCCGGCGCAGAGUCUCCCAGCAGCUUCACGUGGCUUCAGCAACUUCGGCACUACUGGCACGUGGAGAACGACGAGUGCGUCGUAGUGCAGAUGGAUGCCUUUUUCGUCUACGGCAACGAGUACUUGGGCGCGCCCAAUCGGCUCGUCGUCACGCCGCUCACCGACCGCUGCUGGCUCACCAUCACGACUUGUUUGAAGCUGCUGAAGCUCAGCGGCAGCGUCGCGGGGCCUGCUGGCGCCGGCAAGACCGAGACGGUGAAGGAGCUCUCUCGCAUGCUCGGGUACUUUUGUCUCGUGUUCAAUUGCUCGGAGUCUGUGGAGCUCCACGUCCUAGAAAAAGUCUUUGCAGGCGUCGUGGCGAGCGGCAGCUGGGCGUGCCUGGAUGAGUUCAAUCGCCUGGAUGUCGAGGUUCUCUCAGUCGUCGCGCAGCAUCUCUCGACGAUUCGUCACGCGCUCCUCAAGGUGGGCACCGGCGGGAAGAGCGCGUUCGCCGGCGCCGCAGGACGCGGCUUUGGCCGCACAGAGAGAGACUCGUUUCUCUCUGCCUCGCGUCUCGCGCAUGUCAAGCCCUCCGCAGGGAUUUUCAUCACGAUGAACCCCGGCUACGCAGGGCGCGCGGAGCUCCCCGACAACCUCAAGACGCUCUUCAGGCCGAUCUCCAUGGUCGUCCCGGACUACGCGGCCAUCGCCGAAAUUCUGCUCUUCUCAGAAGGAUUCACCGAGGCCAAGACUCUCGCAGAAACAUUCAUCAAAUUCUACAGAAUCUGCUCCGAGCAGCUGUCUCAGCAGCAGCACUACGACUUUGGCCUCAGAUCGGUGAAGGCGGUCCUCGUCCUGGCGGGCGAACUGCGGCGACAAGACCCCACAGCGAGCGAAGAGCGACUGCUUCUUCAAGCCAUCUGCGAUGCCAAUGAGCCGAAGUUCGUGGAGCAAGACCUGCCGCUUUUCUACUCGACGCUGGAGGAUUUCUUCCCUUCUUACCGCCGGGAAGACGGCCGCGACGAAGCUUUUCAGCAGGCCUACUACGCGGCGAUGGAGGAACGCGGGCUUCAGCCCUCGGCUGCGGGUCUGGACGCGGCGUUGCGUCUCCACAAGUUGCUUGCGUCGCGCGUCGGGACCGUUCUGCUUGGCGCGCCGCUGAGCGGGAAAAGCACAGCCAUCACGGUCUUGGCGGACGUUCUCGCUCGCCUAUCGCGCCUCCCCGAGCCCCUGGUCGUGAGUUACCGCGUCCUGAAUCCGAAGGCGCUUCCGCUGGCUGCGCUCUUUGGCGAGUUCAACUCCCUCACGCAGGCCUGGACAGACGGCGUCGCCUCGAAAAUCACCCGCGAGUUCGCGAGCGCCUCAGACGCCUCGCCCAAGUGGAUUGUCUUCGACGGGCCCAUUGACUCGCUGUGGAUAGAAAGCAUGAACACCGUCCUCGACGACAACCGAGUGCUCUGCCUCCCCAACGGGGAGCGCAUUAAGCUUCGCCCCGAGAUGCGGCUCCUGUUCGAGGCGACUGACCUGCGCUGCGCCUCGCCCGCGACCGUCAGCCGCUGUGGGAUGCUCUACUUUGCGAGCCACGCUGUCUCUUGGGAGGGCCUGGUGGAGAGCUGGCUGAAGCGGCUGCCCGCGUAUCCGUUCACGAAGGAGCUCCGCAAGCAGCUGUUCGGCUACUUCGAGCAAGCAGUGCCCUCAACGCUGGCGCUGCUUGAGUCCAAGACGCUGGAGCUCGAAAUCUCAUUGCCGCCUCUCGCACUCGUGGCCUCGCUGUGUAAGAUCCUCCAGGGCGUGCUUCGCAUCCCUCUAGACUGCGCCGCGGAGCAGCGAGCCGAGGCGGCUGGCGCCAAGGAAGAUCAGGAGCUCAAAACAGGUAAGCCCCAGUCGGGAUCAUCGACCGGCAGAAGUCCCUGCCGGCGGCGGCGCACGACGAUGACGAUGCCCUUUUCAGUCUUGGCGGAGGAGCGGCUUCCGGAUUCCGCGGCAGUCCUGGCCGCGACGGCACUGCCGCCGGAGCUUUUGAAGAUUCUGUUGCUGCCCGCCUUCGUUUUUUCGUUCAUCUGGGCCUUCGGCGGGGGCCUGAACACUCGCUCGGCGCGCGCGUUCGCCAAGCGCGUCGAGGAGCUCUUCCAGGAACAGCUCACCUUCCCGCGCGGCGACGUGUUUGACUUCGUGCCCAACUUCGCGGCCUUCCUAGGGGCGGGCUACCUCGGCUUCCCUCCCUCCAGGCGCGCGCCGGCAGACGGCGAGGCCAGAGUGAGACCCGACGACGAGGCAUCUGUCCCCGAGCCCGAAGGCGGUCGCGACGACGCCGAGGGGCGGGCGAGGACACAGGCGAACACGCUUGAGGCCCGCGUCGCCCAGCGCGGCACCUUCGCUCCCAGCGAGCUUGAGAAGGCGCGCAAGCUUGCCUACACGUUUCUGCUGUGGGAGAAGCAGCUCGCGCCGUUCGCCUGGAGCGCGCAUGUCCCGUACGCCUCGCUUGUCGUCCCCACCAAGGAGAGUGCUCGCGCGUCCUUCCUCCUCGACAUCCUCAUUCAAGCGCGAAAAUCCGUCUUCCUCACAGGAGCCACGGGCGUCGGGAAGACGGCGCUCGUUACGCGCCUGCUGGACGAUAAGCGCGCAACAGGUCACACGCACACGGUUUUUCUCAGCUUCUCCGCGCACACCCAGUCCGAGGACGUCCGUAACGCAAUUGAGACGAAAAUGGAGAAGAAGCGAAACAACCAACUAGGCCCACCCUCAGGGAAAGAGUGUGUUUUGUUUAUCGAUGACGUCAAUUUGCCUUUGGCUGAGCGAGCAACAGGGACGCAGCCGGCGAUCGAGCUCCUGAGGCAGCUCCAAGAGUUCAAGGGCUUCUACGAUCGAAAGAAGCUUCACUGGAAGGUCCUAGAGAAGACCGUUCUCCUUCUCGCCGCUGCGCCACCCUCCAGCGGCCGCCAGGAGCUCCCGGCGCGUUUCUCUCGCCACAGCGUCGCCCUCCAUCUCUUUGAGCCCGACAGCUUCUCCGUGCAGAAGCUGUUCCUCAGCAUCCUCAGCGGAUACUUCGAGGCGGAGGGGGUGAAGAGCGACAUCAGCUGCGCGGCGAAGCCCAUCAUCGACUCGACGAUAGAGCUUUACUCGGCCGUCAGGGAGACACUCCUGCCGACUCCGCCACGGCCUGUUUACGUGUUCAACUUCCGCAACGUGAAAAAGCUCUUCCAAGGCAUUCUUGCGGCGAAGAAGAAAAGCCUUCCGGACAAGGAAUCUCUGAUUAGGCUGUGGGCGCACGAGGCGUCUCGCACGUUCUACGAUCGGCUUAUGACUGAGCAUGACCGUCACUGGUUUCGCGCGCAUCUGCUGUCGCUGGUGAACGGGAAGCUCGGCCUCAGCUGCCGCGAGGACGCGCUCUUCGGCGCGGGCGCGCGCCUCUGGGCGACUUUCCUCUCCAAGUCUGGCGAGCGCGUCUACGAGGAGGUGGCGCACCCCAAGCUGGCGCUGCGGGCGCUCGAGGCCUACCGCGACGAAAUGCUCGCCGCGGGCGCCUCGCGACCCGCAGAGGCCGACGACGCAGGCGACGCGGGCGCAGACACACGCGCGGGCCUCGUCUUCUUCAGCGAGGCCGUUGGACACGUCUUUCGCCUCUGCAGAAUCCUCAGCUUCCCACGUGAACACGCGCUGCUGGUCGGCGUCGGCGGCACUGGGAAGCGCACGCUCUUUCGGCUCGCCGCGUUCAUCCAAGAGACAGCCGUGUUCGAGUUCACCGCCUCAGUGUCCGCCAGCGUCUCUUCGGCCUUCGCCGCUUCACUGGACGAGGAUGCGCCUGCAGCGGCGCCCGCCACUUCGGCUGACGAUGCGCAGGGCUGCGCCGCUCGAGCAGCGGCGGGGGGCACGUCUGUCCUCAGUCAGUUCCGCGAGUGCGAGAAGGCGUUUCUGCUUCGCUCGGGCUUGACGCAAGGCACCCCGACUGCCUUUUUCCUGACGGACUCGCAGAUCCUCGACGCCGGCAUGCUCGAAGAUGUCAACGCCCUGCUCAGCACGGGCGAGGUCCCUGGCGCGCUCGACCCCGACACCGUCGACUCGAUUAUUCAGGACUUGAGCCCGCUGGCGAAGGCGCAGCGUCUCGAGACGAGUCGUGACGGCCUUUUGCGACUGUUCCACGAGCGCGCGGCGCUGAAUCUCCAUGUCUUCCUUUGCAUGUCGCCGGUGGGGUCGGGGCUGCGAGAGCGUCUCCGGUUGUUCCCUUCGCUUCUCUCCUGCUGCACGGUGAACUUCUUCGAGGCGUGGACGCCCGACGCGCUCUUCGAAGUUGCAAAGGACUUCUUCCUCUCACGCACCGCCGGCCUUGGGUCUUCGUCUGCCCCCCCGCCCACGUCCGCGACUCCAGUCUCUGCCGCCUGUCCUUCGCCGGCGAGCGCUGAAACCCGCAAAGAGGCGCGGGGCGCGGAGGGCGACAGAAGCUGGAAAGCCGAGCAGGGCGGCGAAAAAGGCCUGUCCGACGCAGACGCCGUCGCUGACCUGUGUGUGCAGUUCCACAAGUCUGCAUGCGAGGCAGCCGACGAGUUCCUCGCGGUCCUGAAGAGGCCCGUCUACGUUACUCCGCAGAGCUUCCUCGACCUCCUUCGCCUCUCCCUGACACUCAAGAACGAACGCCGCGAGACGCUAGUGCGUCAGCGGUCGCUGCUGACGACUGGGCUUCUGAAGCUACGCCGAACCCACGAGGAAGUCGCGCGGCUCCGCCUGGAGCUCGAGCAGCUCGAGCCGACACUACAAAAGAAGAAAACCGAGUCUGAGCAGCUCCUUGUGACGGUGGAACGCGACCGUGCCGCGGCCUUCAGCGAGCGAGAGAAAGUCGCCGAGGAGAGAAAAGGCGUAGCCGAGCAGCAACACGAAGUUGCGCUGCUUCAGGCCGACGCGCAGAAAGACCUUGAAAAAGCAAUGCCUGCACUCGAAGCCGCCUUAGCAUCGCUGGAUGCCCUGGACAAGAAAGACCUGACGGAGUUGAAGUCGUUUGCAAAGCCCCCGCCGCUGGUCGUCGCGACGAUGGAGAUCGUGAACAUUCUGCUCGGCGAGAAGCCCGACUGGGAUACAGCUCGAAAAGUCCUCUCAGACACAGCGCUCAUGGCGAAACUGAAAAACUAUGACAAAGAUCACAUUCCCCCUGCGCUGAUGAAGAAGCUCGACAAACUCCUUCAGAGGCCGGACUACACGCCCGAGCAAGUCGGCAAGCAGUCGGUCGCUGCGAUGUCGCUCUGCCUGUGGACGUUGGCAAUCCAGAACUACGCCAAGGUGGCGCGUGAGGUCCUCCCGAAGCGCGAAAAGCUUGACACGAUGAACGAGAUGCUUGCCAAGGCGAAUCGCCAGCUUGAAGCCGCGGAGGGAAAGUUGGAGCAAGUCAUGGAGAAAGUCCGCUUGACGGAGGGUCGUCUCGCGAAGCUCAACGAAGAAAAGGCGAUACUGCUAAAGGAAACGUCGCUCUGUCAGCUGCGCCUCGAACGAGCCGGCAUCCUUACCUCCGGACUGGCAGAUGAAGCGGUGCGGUGGACGGAGACGGUUGCGCUGCUGGAGACGCAGAUGCGGCUCGUGGCGAGCGACGCGUUGCUCUCUGCGGCCUCCAUCUGCUACGCGAGUCCAUUCUCCGGUCGCUUCAGAGACAAGCUCGCGGAGGCUUGGCUCGACGCAGUGCGGGCCGCCGGCCUCGAGUGCGCCGCCGCCUUCAGCCUCACCGAUGUGCUCUCAGACCCGAUCGAGCUCCGCGACUGGGACUUGCAGGGCCUCCCUAGCGACCGAACCUCGCAAACCAGCGGCGUGCUCGUGAGCUGCGCGACUCGGUUAGGGCGAUCGCCGCUGCUCAUCGAUCCUCAGCAGCAGGCGAAGCACUGGAUCAAAAACCGCGAGGCGGAGAACUGCUUGAAAGUCACCACGCUCUCGCACGCCAAACUGCACACGAUUCUUGCCUCCGCCGUCCGCGUCGGGCAGCCGGUGCUGAUCGAAGACAUAGGCGAGACGCUUCCGCCGCUGUUGGACGCGGUUCUCCUGAGGCCGCAGGCGCGUCCGAGAGGCUCACCAGUGCGCAUUCGGCUGGCUGAGCAAGAAAUCGAAGUCGAUGAGCGCUUCGCGCUCUUCCUCUCGACCAAGCUGGCGAACCCCCACUAUCUCCCUGAAGUCGCUCUCAAGGUGAUGCUGGUGAACUUCACCGUGACGCCGGAGGGCCUGCAGCAGCAGCUGCUGACGGAAGUCGUUCGCCACGAGAUCCCCGACACCCAGAAGCGCAGCACCGAGACACUCGUCCAGAUCACCAAAGACAAGCGCGCCCUGAAGCACCUGGAAGAAGUGAUCCUGCAGCUGUUGUCUGAAGCCGGUAGCAACAUCCUGGACGACGAGAAGGUGAUUGAGGCUCUACAUCAGUCGCGCACGACGGCGGAGAGCGUUGCGCGGCGUCUGCGGGAGGCUGAGACCAUUCUGGGCGAUGUGCAUCGUGCGCGGAGCUUUUAUGCGCCUGUGGCGUUUCGCGGCUCACUUCUGUUUUUCGUUGUCACGCGCCUGAGCGACGUCGAGCCGAUGUAUCAGUACGCGCUGGAGUUCUUCAUGCAGGUCUUCCGCGACACACUGAAGCGCGCGAGCGCUUCACCGCGCGCUGCCUCGCUGCAUGACCGCGUGAACUCGCUCCUUGCAGACGUUACGAAAUCCAUCUUUGAAAGCGUCGCGAGAGGGCUCUUCGACGCGCACAAACUCGUCUUCGCCUUCCUCGUCGCCGUGGAAAUUCUCAAACAAGAAGCAGCCGAAUUCCGCCGCGACGCAUGGCAACUUAUUCUUCGGGGCUUUCCGAGCGUCAGCGAAGCGGUUGUACCCGAGAAUCCGCUACCUGCACUGAUCUCGGAGCCGGAGUGGAAGCACGUCUUCGCGCUGCAGGACUUGGAAGUUUUCGCGGGCCUCUGCGAGCACGUGCGAAGGCACAGAGAGGCCUGGGCGCUGUGGCUUGAAGGCGACAUGAAAGUCCUCGAAACGCCGUUUCCCUUUCCAGAUGGCGAGACGGACGAAGGAAAGGUCUUCCUCAGGCUUCUACUCGUCAGGGCGCUGCGCAGCAGACUGGUCAUCUCUGCAGUUCGGGACCUCGUCGUGAAGGUGUUGGGCUCUGAGUUCAUCGACUUUAGUGCGCCUCAUUUUGAAGACAUUUUCGCAGCGACCUCCCACCGCACGCCACUGCUCUACAUCCUCUCGCCCGGCGUCGACCCCACGGCCGGGCUCUUCAAAUUCGCGCGCGAAAAAGGCCUGCGGGAGGGGGGGCUCCACAGCAUCUCUCUAGGCAGGGGACAGGGACCCCGUGCGUCUCGCAUUCUCGAAGCCGCGAUGAGAGACGGCAGCUGGGUUCUGCUUCAGAACUGUCACCUGGCGAAGAGUUGGAUGCCGGCGCUGGAAAGUUUCUUAGUUUCUCUGGCUGAGGCCCCUGAGAUCCCUCCGGCUUCUCCGGUCUCCGCGUCGCCGGGCGCUGCGUCGACGCAGACCGCGCGAGACAAAGACGCCUCCGCGGUUGCGUCCUCCUUUCGCCUCUUCUUGACGUCCAUGCCGGCGCCUUACUUCCCCGUGCCCGUGCUCCAGAACUGCCUCAAAGUCACUGUGGAAGCCCCCAGUGGAAUCCGAGCGCACCUGAAGCGCGCGAUUUCAAAUUGCUCUCAGGAAGACCUAGAGGUGUUUGGGCGCGCGCAAGAAGGCGUGCCAGCUUCUGACUGCGGUGGAAAAGCCGACGCAUGGACACGUGUUCGGUUUUCACUUCAGUUCUUGCACGCUAUUGUUCAGGAGAGGCGGACGUUCGGGUCGCUAGGCUGGAACGUCGCCUACCAGUUCACAGAGAGCGACCUGGAGGCGUCGGUCGUUCUGUGCAAAAGUCUUUUCGAGCAUCAAGAGAAAGUCGAGGAGUUCGACUUUCUGCCCCUCCAGUACCUCGUCGGAAACAUCAACUACGGAGGCCGCGUUACCGACGAGUGGGACAGGAGAUGCCUGGAAAACCUGCUCUCCCUCUACGUCUCACCUGAAGUUGUUCUCGAAGACGAUGCGCUGUCGCACCUCGGUCUGCAGCGGAUCCCGUUUGCGGGCUCGCUCGACGCUCUGCAUCGCUACGUAGAGACUCUGCCGGCGGAGGACAAGCCCGGGGUCUUCGGCUUGCACCCGAAUGCCACAUUGCGUCUUCGCCAAGAGCAAGGCAACGCGCUCAUUCAGACGGUCCUGUCAGUUGCCUCCCGGGAAAGUGCCUUGGCGUCGCCAGCGGGAGCGGCGCCGCCAGACGAUCAAGCCCUACAAAUGGCUCUCCUCAUGAAGCAGAAACUGCCGCCUCCCCUCAAGUGUCGCUCGGCCUUACUGGAGAUUCCCUCGAAGCUCGAAGACCAUCCGCUCGCUCUGGCGGGCCCUCGAGCUGCUGGAAGGGACUUGCGACGCGCGGAAGGAGCUGGGGCCAGCUCCGGGCGGCGAGGCGCAUCUGCUGAAACGAAAUCGGUUGAGAAGCCGAAUUCGAUGGAGGCAUUUCUGCUGCAGGAAACAGAACGUUUCAACGCGCUCAUCAGCUUCGUGGGGCAGUCGUUGCAUCAGCUUGAGCUCGCCCUCCGCGGCCUCACGGCAAUCAACACGGAGCUCGACGACAUGCACAAGGCCCUCGCGAAUAACCAGGUCCCGCCCCUGUGGGCUGCUCAGGCGUAUCCGUCGCUCAAGGCGCUGGGCAGCUGGUACGAGGACUUCUUGCGGCGCGUCGCGGUCCUGAGGCAGUGGGCGGAGAGCGAGAAGCUGCCAGUCGCAUUUUGGCUGUCAGGCUUUUUCUUCCCGCAAGGUUUCCUCAACUCGGUGCUGCAGCACUAUGCCAGAAAGACGUCUGUCCCAGUCGCCGACAUCGGAUUCAAUUUCGGUGUCGCAGGCACAUGCACGCCAGAGGAGCUACCUGAUGAAGCGGACGCAGAGGAUGGCUGCUAUGUGUAUGGUCUCUACAUCGACGGAGCUCGUUGGAACGCCGAAAGAGAAAUCCUCGACGACCAGAUGCCCGGUGUCGUUCACGAUGUUUUCCCGCCGAUUUUGCUCCAGCCGCGCAUCCAGCCGGCCCUGCGAGAAGAAGAUUACAGCUGUCCUGUGUAUAAGACGAUGAGCCGCGCAGGUGUGCUCUCUUCAACCGGUCACUCAACCAACUGCGUCGUCGCCGUUGACCUUCCAACGGAUCAACACCCGAGCAAGUGGGUUCUCAGAGGGGCUGCUUUGGUUUGUUCUGUCGAGGACUGA